UUGCCAGAAACAAAAGUGCAUCCGCUUCUGUUGCUAAAAUUAUGCUACACAUAAAAAUGUUCAGAGCAUGACAGGUCUUACAAGUUUAACCUUCUUCUGUUACACUGUUUGUCUGUUAAGCUUUAACUGGAACUUAGCAUUAACAGCCAUUUAAGAAAUCUAACGUUAACCUAAGCUAGUUAGCUGUUUACUCGAAUAAGUUCUGUUAGCAGCUAAGAUAACUGAACGGUCAUAUAACUGGGCUAAUAGCGAGAGUAAACGUUUCUAGGUCAGAACUCAUUCUCAAUGGAUGUCAGCAUUGCUGUGUCACUAAUUCGAGGCCAGAUGGGGACCGUAGUCGAGCGAGCAGUAAAUGGAGCGGUCGAGACGGUGCUGGCCGAGAUGCUUAAAGUGGUCGGAGUCAAAUUUGAGGAGCUAAAGGCUCAAGUGGUGCAGAUGAAGAGGGACAUGAUGGCGUUGCAGAGUGAGAAGGCUCAAAAAGAGAAGGAGAACGACAACAUUCGAGCCAAGCUACGUUACACGGAGCUGAAGCUCAAGUACUACAGGCAAGGAGUGGAGGAGGAGCUGCAGCAGAGAGCCUCUGCUUCUACCCUAGUCUGGAUUCAGCCACCAACCCUACCACGAACACAGAGAAGCAGAUCUGGCGUUUCCCCAACCAAGACCCUGUCGUCAUUCUCAGUUCAGACCAGGACUGCUGAGGGAGCGUUGAUGAGGAACAGCAACAUCCCAGAAUGCACCUCACCAAACAGCAUGAACAGGCAAAAAGUCAGAGUGUCCUGCCCUUCAAAUGUGGCCCACACUGACUCGUCUGACCUGCUGCUUCCUGCUUCACUCACUCUGAAUGUGGCUGGAGAAUCUCUGGACAGCAGUACAGUGUUGUUCUGUCCUAGCUCAGACCCCGUUCAGUGUAAGAAAGUUGAACAAGUGGAUGAGUAUGAAUGGGCCAUUCUGCACUCUAAUACAGAAGACAUGGAUAGUGCCAUAGCCUCUUCUCCUGCCCAGGCUCCGACUUUAGAUGAUGGGCAAGAGUCAGGGGAUCCCUCUCUGUCUCCAGGUGGCGCCACCUAUGCAGAUAGCUCCACGCUGCACUUCUCUGUUCCAGAGAUGAAGCAGGAGGCCCAGGAAAAGGAGAAGGAGGUGAUCUAUAUAAAAGAGGAGCCAGAGGAAGAGCAAGAGAUGAUGGCCACCCUACUGCUUGACUGCCACGAACAGCAGGGUCAUCAGCCAGAGUCAGAGCCUCAACAGUCAGUGACAGAGUGCCCAAGUGCUCGAGGAAGCCAAAGAAAUACUACAGCCUUGAGCUCAGCUGGACGAACCACCCAUUCAGCAGCUCAGUCAGCUGCCAUCUUGCCACCUGGUGUCCCACCUCGCCAAGUGGGGCGACCCUGGGCUAAAGACCUUAGCCUUUAUGAAGAAUACAAAAUGCGGAGGAGUGAGCUUCGUCGCCGAAACAUGACAAAGCGCAGAGAACUGGAGAAAUCGUUACCUCAACCGCUGCUGGCAGAUCUGGUGCGGGAGCGUCGAGAGAAGACCAGACUGAGGGUAGCCAGGUGGAGGGCAAAACGGAAACUCCAGGCCUGCCUUAACCAGAUGCAGGCCUAUGGAGACACUCAAGGUCUUUCUCAGACUGGCUUUCCCAUCGGCAGUCAGCAUCAGCAGCCCAGAUCAGCUUGUACUUCCACCUCCAGCACUCAGCAGAGACAGAGCUCAGCAGCAUCCCAGUCCAGCGGCUUCCUCAGCAACAUAUCAGCACCAAAUAGCAUCCCACUGAUAUCUUCUUCCUCUUCCACCCUGGUUCUGAAAGGCCCCAACAUGGCUCCACAUGAGCAUGCUGUGGCAUCAUCACUUUCCUACCCCCAUGGCAACAUCUCUCCACAAAGACUCUCUCAGACAGACACUAUCUUACAGUGAGCUAACACUGCUCCAUUCACAACACAGAACUCAGAUUUAUCUGUAAUCGACACAUAAGGAAACCAAGGUUUUUGGGUCAGCGUUUACAGCGUUUACAGUGGCCACUAUGGAUCAUUUUGUCUUAAAUGUUGUAAUCCAGUACUGCCAGUAUCAGAAAGCCCCAAAUCCUUAAACUAGCAUCCAUCACACAGUUAAAUACACAAUAAACAUUUGCUAUACCCUUCACAAGGACUAUUGUUAUUUUCAUCAAAUCUCUGUGUUUAUAUGUACAAACCUUCACUGUAUCCUUGAACAUAUCAAUACUGAACUUGUAAUGAACAUGCAGCUAGACUGGAUCGUCCCAACUGAAAACUGCCAAAUCACAACAGCUCUUUAUAGUGUAAGGUAAAUACCCUACAAAAACCUCAACAAUAGGAUGACCCUCUUUAAGCAAGCACUUUAAUAGGAGGAAAUGAGGCUCAGGGAGGGCAGCCAUCUGCGCGACCAGUUUGGGGUGAAAAUAGGAAGACGGGACAAAGGACAUGCUGUGGAAGAGAGCUAGAGAUUAAUAACUAAUGAUUAAAUGCAAAGUGGUGUAUAAAUGCCAAAAGGUGAGUGCAGAAGAAACAUUUAGGCCUAGGCCUAUUGCAGCAUAACUAAGAGGACUCAGGGUCACCUGAUCCAACCCUGAAUAUGUGCUUUAUCUAAACUGAAAGUUUGAAGCCUAAUCUUGAAAGUAGAGAUAGUGUCUGUCUCCUGAAUCCAAACUGGAAGCUGGUUCCACAGAAGAGUUUCUUGAAAGCUGAAGGCUGAAUCCCAUUCUUCUAUUAAAUAUCCUAUACAUUUUAAGACUGAGGACAAUAACCUUGUUUCAUCUGAAUUUAGAAACAGGAAAUUGGAGGUUAUCCACGUCUUUAAUUACUUUAAGACAUUCCUGUAGUUUAACUAAUUGGUGUGUGUUAUCUGGCUUCAUGGACACAUAAAGCUGAGUUUCAUGUGCAUAGUGAAAAUGUAUGAUAUGUCUUCUAAUGAUAUCGCCUAGGUUAAGCAUAUACAUAACUUAAACAGAAGUGGUCCCUAUUUAUAUGGACAAACUGGAGCCUGUUAGAUAUGAUUCCAACCACUACAGCACAGUACUUUUAAUACCUAAAGCAUGCUCUUA